AUGGCUUUCUCAGAUAGUUUUUGCUCUGGUUUGUUACCAUGGGAUGGAAUGAGACCAGUCGUUUCCGCUUUCAGGAAGUUGAUGGGUAAUACUAAAUUACAAGCAGUAGCGAUUGUAAUACAUCGUUCAAAAGGAACUCCUAAAGAACCUUUCAUAUUGCUUGUAAAAGGUCUUACUGGAGAAACUCUGACUCUGAGCGUGAAAAGUGACGCAUCUAUACUUGACCUAAAGGUUUUGUUACAAGACGAAACUGGUAUCCCUCCAGAUCGACAGAGAUUAAUAUUUGCUGGAAAAGUGAUAGAAGACAAACAUACAUUAAAGGAUUAUAACAUUCAAACAGAGUGUACGGUGCAUAUGGUAUUGAGAUUACGGGGUGGUGACGAGAAAAAAACGAUGACUUCAAGAACAUUAUUAUUGAAGAAGAUAUCCCUCAAUCAAAACACAAUUUUAGAAUAA